UAAGUAUAAAGAUUUAACAGUACAUUCCAAUUCCAACCUAUGAAUUAGUUGGUUUUGUUUUUAAAUUUAUUGUGAUGUUAUUAUUGUACAUAACCUAGUAUUGGAAGCGUAUAUACCAAUAAAACGUGUACAUUUGAUUAUUUUGAACAUUAUAUAUAUUUAUGUGACAAUUUAAUGUUUCAUCUCAUUUAUAUAGUAUAUUAGACAAUAGACUUUUUAAAUACAGCAAAGUAUGUCAAAAUUGUGCAAAUUGUAUUUUGUACAUAAAUGUUAAUAAUUUAAUGAAUUUCGUUUGACGAAUUUGGAAACUAUAAGAAUUUUAUAAGAUAUAAUUUUAUAGUUUUAUCGAAUAUGACUGAUUUAGAUGUGGAUGAUUCUUUAACUAAGUUAAAUACUCAAUUAAAUAAAAGCAUGGUCCUAAUGGAUGCCACAGAAACUGAAAUACCUCAGUCAAAGAGUAAUAGAUCUAUAACGAUCAACCCAAACAUUCAACCUGCCAGUCCACAUGUUAAUUCACCUAUAGUUAAGAAAAGCAUUUUGAAAAAAGCUGAGAAAAAAAAUCUAACAGAAGCGGAGCAACAUAUAGAAAAUAACAAAGAAACAAGAGGUGAAAUAAGUGGCAACAGAGCAUCAAUUAAUGUAACAUCUACUACAAGACCACGUACUAUCAGUGAUUUAGUACAACAAGAAGACUUAAUUAUGGAAACUACAGAUACUACAUUGAGUUUAGAUGAUCUAUCUGAUAGCGAAGACAUAUGGAUCAUGGAUGUUCCUGGAACAAUAGAUCCAAAUGAACUUAAAGGUCAGAUGUUAAUAUUUGGAGAGAAAUCUAAAUUUAAAAUUAAAGAGGAAAAAUACUGUGCAGUGAAUCAUAAAGUUAAAUGUAAUAUUACAUGUGUACUUCAUACUGGUAAAGUAAAAUCGCAAUAUAAAACUGUCAAUAUGAAGCCAGCAGGUACAAUUACUAUCAGACGAAAACUUUCAAAUAUUUUAAAAACUAAACCAAUGCAAAUAGAAAAAUGCAGUGUACCAUUCCCAAAAAAUUUGAGAACUCGGCAUCCAUUAUUUGGUGUCAAUUACAAAGGUAAUGUUGAAAAAAUGUAAUAAUGUAAUUGAUCUAAAGGCAAAGGAUGAUAAUGGGUAAAAACAAUAUUAUAUAUAAUACAUUGCUUUAAGAUUGUAUAUCAUGAGGAAAUUGUGUACUACAUUAACUAUAAAAAUUUAUUUGCACCCUCAUUUGUUUAUAAGAAAUUAAAUCAACAGAUAAAAAUACAUAGAGAUAAUUUUAACUGAAUAAUGCAAACUGUAAAAUUAGUUGCUUUAUAAUAAAACGUAACGUUUAAUUUU